AUGUGUGCCUCCCCGUCCUUUAUUUAUUUGCCGAGGAAUCUGUCAUAUUGCAAUAAUAAUGAAGAAACGCAUUUAGGCACCGCCAACAGCCAUAAUAAAACCGAACUUAAUAUUACAGCUGUCAAAUUACGCCAGAGGGUCCUUUACCCUCAUUUCAAAAAAAUCAUGUCAGAAAUAACGGGGGAUGAAGACGAAACAUUAAUGAUUGAGGAUGUGGAGAAAGAAGAAGACAUGUGUAAGAAGUGUAGUAACCAGGUGACCUCUUUCGACGAAGGGAUCUUCAUUAAUUUAAUGGAUGACCUUAAUUUAGACUCGGAAACAGCUACGGCGACCACAAUGGCAAUUACCGAGGACAGUGCAGCUAGUAGCAGUACAGAGACUAGUGAACUUCAGUCACCACUACCCGGAAUUAUUGUUGGCGGUUCGUCGCCGACGGUAAAUGACACUUGUGACACACGGGCGACCCACUCAUCAUCAUCAUCGCUGCCCGGAGGACAUAGUCUCGACGAGAUCGUCUGCGGGGAAACCCCUAUGGCAGGUAUUUGUGCCGAGUCUCCAUGCCUUGGUAGCCAAAGUAGCUCCCCAGGCCGAAAUAUUGUCAGCAGUGUCCAGAGCUUCUUUUCGGGAAAUCCGAAAAAUGACACCAAACUUCUCGAUCUCCUUUCUCCGGCCAGUCCAAUUUACGACGACGAUGAAUUUAACUUCCCCAGAGGUGAGCUUCGAAAAUCAACCUCCUUGAAAAGCAACAAAACCCCGCCAGGUACGCCCCGUCGUAAAAAAGUGGUGCGGUUUGCCGACGUGAUGGGCUUGGAUUUAGAAUCUGUCAUUCAUGUUUUAAAUAUGGAUUCACCUCCGAAAAUUCCGGCUUCGGCGCUAGCGGACUUACAAUCGGGAAUUGAAAACGAUCGCAAGUCUGUGGGGGCUCGCCUACUAACAGCUUGCUUUAGUCAACCCUCAGCAAGCGACGGGUUUAUGGCCAGAGUCUGUACGGAAAAGGUAUGUUUAGAAAAUGCUGUAAUCUCCGACUUGACCAUUACGGGUAUCAUCCGAGUGGCUAAUAUUGGUUUCCACAAAAGUGUACAGGUCCGAUACACGACAAACAACUGGUCAACUUACCACGAUGUUGCUGCAUCGUAUGUGCACAGCUCGUGUGACGGACCGACGGACAGAUUUUCUUUCAGUAUUGUGACCCCACCUGACUUUUCUGUAGGGUCACGCCUGGAAUUUGCCAUCUCUUAUACAUGUGGUGACGUUGUCUACUGGGACAAUAAUCAUAAUGUCAAUUACUUGUUUGAAUGCUACGCCAAAACCGGACUUACUGAAGCUGAAGAAGCCUGGAUGCAUUUUCUUUAA